AUGAUCAAAAACUGGAAAGCCAUCGUUUGCACAGUGGUAGCAACGCUAGUGGUUGGUCGAGUUUGUGCCACCAAUCAGACGGAUUCCGAGGCAGUUCACCACGCACGGUUCAAGCGAUGGUUAACAUUCUACCCGAAUGGAGGAGCCGCGCGAAUAGUAUUGGCGGGUUUAUUUCCAAUUCGUUUCCAUCAUAACACAAAGAGGAACAUCAAUACGAUAUACAACUUGCAAACCCAAUAUUUGGUUCCGGCCAAAAUCAUUUGGCCUCUCCCGGAAAGUUAUUUCAAAAAUCGGCUCAACAACGAUUACGUGGACAACAGCCGAGGACAGCUGUACCAGACGUUGGAGAAAAUUUUGGAAAAUAUGGGUCAGAAUGGUCGCGAGUGUAUACUGAAGAUGAUUUGCGAAGUGGCGGGAAAUCCGGUGGGACAUAACGGAAUGCUGGGAGAGAUCCUCGAUGUGGUGUUUACACCCAGUGAUGCAGAAGUUAUGGAUGACGUGUAUAAACAGGCGAGAAUAGAUGGAUCCAGAGUUUCGGAUUGUGCCCAAACGUAUAAUCUUUGUCCGGUUGGUGAUGGAUUGCUCGAAAGAUUUUCGAUGAUGCUGUAA